UCGUAAACCAUAGGGUCCAAAAAAAGCCCAAUCAUUAAACAAAAACCACUGCAAAAACCUCAACCAAAAACCAAAAGACCCGGCAACCAAAAAUGGCUUCAGUGGCAGCUGCUGCACUAGCUUCGCUCUCUUCUUCACUCUUCUCCAAACCCUCAGUCUCUCUCAUACCCAUCCGUACACUCCCUCGCAUCACCUGUUCCCUCUCUACUUCUUCUUCUUCUUCUUCUUCUUCUUCUUCUUCUUCUUCCUCUCUAGAGUUCAACAUCACCUUCGCACCACCUAAGCCCAAGCCCAAACUCAAACCCGACUCUGCAGAGCCCGACCCAGAGGCUCUCGCCGGCCAGCUUAUCAUCCCGUGGAUCGUCCGCGGCGAGGAUGGCAACCUCAAGCUCCAGUCGCACCCUCCUGCGCGUUUCCUCCAGGCCAUUGAGACCAAGAGCAAGACGAAGAAGAAGGAGGGCGCUGAGAAGUACAUUUGCGCAUCUGGGGAGAAUAAAUCUGUGUUGAGUCUAUUUGAAGAUUAUUUGAAGACUUGGGAUAAGAGAAAUUCCGGAAUACCCAGACCACGACUAUUUACUGUUGGCCGUCUUGAUGUUGCUACAACUGGGUUGAUCAUUGUGACUAAUGAUGGAGAUUUUGCUCAAAAAAUAUCACAUCCUUCAUCAAACUUGUCAAAGGAAUACAUUGCAGCAAUAGAAGGUGUAGUCAGUAAGCGGCACCUGUUAGCCAUCAGUGAGGGAACAGUCAUUGAAGGCGUCCAUUGCACCCCAGAUUCUGUGGAGUUGCUACCACAACAGCCAGAUAUGUCAAGACCCCGUAUGCGUAUUGUGGUUCAUGAAGGGAGGAACCACGAAGUACGAGAACUAGUGAAAAAUGCUGGACUUGAGAUACAUUCAUUAAAGCGCGUACGCAUAGGUGGUUUCAGGCUUCCAUCAGAUCUUGGGUAA